AUUAGCUAACACAGGUGUUAACGGAGAUGAUCAACACUGCGUCGGCAAAGUAAUUAGACGGGCGAUUUUUAAGUGUGCCGGCAAAUGGAAAACCUACGAAAAAAAAUUUUUAAAGGAAAUGUGAAACUUUUCUUAAAAAGGAAAAAUCAGUCAUAAGUAUAUGACAGUAUAAAGUUCACUAAAUAAGUACAACGAAAAUAGACAUGUUCAAGUUUAAAGUCCGAUUGAGUUAGGGGUUAUUAAGCAAGUCCAGACCAAGGAGAGGCAAGGACUGAUUAACCUGAAUACCUUCGAGAAGCAGGUGAUGUGUUAGUACAGAAACGUUGCCAGUGGUGGAUGGUUGGGUGGCUGUGCUCCAGCAAAUUCUGAAGAAACACUUCGAAGAGAAAUUGCCGCGAAUGAGGGAAAAAAAUAACAUAAGAAAUAGCAUAUCACUUGAUCACGCAAUGCCUCCCUUCAAAACUCAAAUAUAAUGAAUAGUAAGGAGUACAUUUUCUGAUAGUCCAAAUAGAUUACCUUCAAGAACGCCUGAACAAUUAGGAGUCCACUCAUCAACGUACUUACAAGAGAAAACUCUCGAAAAUCUCCAUCAACCCGACUUGGAGGAUAGGAAUUGAAAAGAUUAAAAUGUUCAGACCAACAGGAAGAGCGUCUCUAGCAGCAAUAGCCUUAUUAGUAGUCACAGUCUAUCCGGUGGGAGUCAGGAGCGUCAAAUUCGGAGACGAAGUUUUCCCAGAUCAGUGGGAGCACAAGUACCACCAACAGGCGGAAGGGGACUUCGUCGUGCGCCAGUUCUUUCUGAUGGAAGUCCAUCCACGCUCUGCCCUCUUAUGCCCAAAGGGAUUUGCCAUCGCCAGGAUAACGAUGCUAAUCAAGACCGGCCAGGAUAUCAUAGAGGCCCACCCAUCGGCCUUAUUGGAAAUCCCAUACGCCCACUGGCUCAUCAAACCUGACGACGGGGUCUACAGCGAUGAAGAAAAGGGAAAGACCAAAUGCCCGACGCUUCAGAUGUGUCUUGGGUACCAGGCUUGCCUCUUCAAUUUUGGGAUUGAAUUUUGCCACAUGGAUCCCAUACCAGGACAGAGAAAGAACUUGCUUGUGACGCUCACAUGUGUACGGGACGAGAGACUACUGAUCGACAUGAAGAACGUCAACUAUGACGAAGAAUACAUGGAGGAGAUACGUCGUCGAAUCAAUCUGGUCCUCCAUUUGACGUACACAUCUCGCUUAGAGGUCAGCGUUGAUGACUACUCGGGAACAGAGAUACGGAAGCGGGAGGAGAACGAGGACGAAAUCUUUUACGGAAUUUGCCCGCCACGGGAGGAGGCUACCAAGGCUGGGUACAGGGGACAAUGCCACCAGACUCCCCCAGGCCCAGAGGACGUCAGUGAGGCCCUUUGGUCCUUACUCGGAAGAGUGCCUUCAAACACCUGCAGGAAAGAAAUCCAAGAGAUAUACUGCUCGUUCUUAUACCAUAAUAAAGGUCUAUGCUUGCCUCCGUUCGUUCUGCAGCCUGGUCAGAGUAACGAUAGUAAGCCAGAGGACCUCCUCCUGGCCGACAACUCCUUCCCCCGGCGGGGACCCAGACCUGACACGACCCAGCAUGAUGCCUUGAUGACGGAUCCUCAUCGCAAUCUCAUACCAGUUCGCCUGGGAUUUGUUAUUCUCGCCCACAAAGACCCUCCAUCAGUGAUGCAACUUUUAAGCCUCAUCUACAGACCUCACCACUACUACGCCAUUCACGUGGAUGCAAGACAGACCGAAAUCAGAGACACACUCACAAGUCUGAUCGCGACGGUCUUGCCAGGAGCCACAAACAUAAGAAUUUUACCUCCCUCACGUUCCUUUGUAGCCUCGUGGGGUUCUUUCAAUAUCGUGAGGGCCGAGCUGGAGUCCUUCGAGGAGCUCCUCCGCAUGGGCCCUUGGGACUUCGGCGUGAAGCUCAGCGGCGCCGACAUGCCCAUCAGGGACGUGGACGACCUGAGCGCGGCCUUGGCACCCUACAGGGGCGUCAGCUUCGUACCGCUCUUUGGCCAACGGAACGACGACAUGAAGGCCGAACAAGGACUUGUUUGGGACGUCUGGCACGGCUGCGAGGGCUAUGUUUACAACGUGAGUCGGGGAGGAGGUCAACCUUUCCCGGAGGAAAUACCAAUUUAUACCGGCUCCCAAUGGUCGAUCAUGGCCCGCAACCUGUGGGACUACGCAGUGACGUUCAGUGAGAGGUCGAACAUCAUCAACCGCUGGCACUACCACUUGCAGACCUCUAUCAUCCCUGACGAGUCCUACUUCCCCACCGUUGCCAUGAACUCGCCAUUUGCGAGUAACUGUAGACCCCUUGGUUUCCACUGGCUGAAGAGGUUUGAAGGUCGGAACGUCAUUAAUCUGUGUCGACAUAUGGAGGAUACAGAUUUCUGCGGACAGGGUCCAGGUCCCGUGGAAGAAGGGGACAUGAACGAGAUGAUGGAAUCGUCCCACCGAUACUUCUUUGCGAGGAAAUUCCACACGGACACGCCCACUAACCCCAUACGGAUCAAGGUGGCAGAACACGUGAGGAGCAACUACUACCAAAACAUAAGGAAGUACGUCUCCAGAGCUAUGCUGAGACAACUGGGACGUCUCGCCUUUCAAAAACUCGAGAGCCAAAUAAAAGCGCACCCUACGCUCUCCAAGGUAGCAGUCAUGCCCGGAGACGUAAUCAAUUUCAAGGUCCUGCCACGUUUACACCUAACAAAUCCAUGCUGUGCUUUGCCCUACCAGAGGUCAUUCAAGAGCACUCAGGAAUUCAUAUUCUGGGUCGAUUUCAACAUUGUAGAAGAGAACGGAUCCGUCAUCGGCGGGGCAAGAGCUGUGAUAGCACAGAGAGCUGCCUGUGACUGCUAUCCUGACGGGCACCUGAGAGCUCUAAGGGUCACCACAUGGCCUGAGGAUCCUAAUAAUCCAAAACGGUCGGCGCUGACCACCAACGUGCCCCUGCCCUUUGCGAUGCCCGGCGCAGACACGAUCUACCCAGAGUUGUGGUUCCACGUGGGGUCGAAGAGCGUCAACCAAGAGUGCCAGGGCAGAAUCAGACCCCCCGGAAGACCGAUGGAAUUCCCCAACAUGAAAGUGCACGAGGUGACGGCGGACCCGUUGCACAUCGUCGUCCAGAUGAUCGACCCCAAAGGCAACGUUAGAUGUGAAGAGCGCAAGAUUGACUACUGGGACAGGAACCACGUCCAUGUCAACAGAGAUAGAGAGAGGGUCGAGAUGCCUUCCUUUUUCACCCUCCGCUGUGGUACCAUGGAACCAGGACCUUGGAAGUUACGGGUUUUCCAGGAUGGUGUUGAUAAUCCGCGUCUGUAUGAACUACCUGUGGUCAUCCUACCUGGUGUCCAGGAUCUCCCCAUCGACCCCGUCGAACAAGACAAACUCGACCUCCUCCAGGGACUUUGGACUGUCGAGGAAGUUGCUCUCUUGCCGUUGCGGAACUCUUAUGGUGAAAUGGGUGUACUUCCCAAGAGAGAGGAGCUUCCCUUGAUACAUCGGCCAGUACAACAAAUGGAAAUAGACCACGAAGAUAAAGCUGCAAGUGACGACGAGGUCAAACCACAAAUCAGAGAACGAAUGUCCAAGGUUCACGCCAAAGAUAUCUUCCCGUCUUUAGACAGGGACAGACGAUCCGUAGGGGAGGAACUCCACUUCGGUUUUCACCAUUCCGAUCCUAAAUUCAACAUAACAGAAUGGUUUGUGUGUGGAGGAGGCCUCCUGACGACCAUGAUGACAAUGGUCUUCACCUACCACUGGAUAGUACUACCGGCGUUCUACUCCGUCAGGGCGUCCCCAAGGAUGAGACGUUCUGCGGCGCUCAUCUUCCUCGUGGUCCUUCUACAGAUUUUCGGUACCAUGAGUUGGGACGGUACUGUUACAAGACGAAGAAAGUGAUAAAACGCUGUAACCUAACUACUUCUAUUUUAAAACCACUCAGAUGGGCCCUGUGGAUGGGGCUUUGUUAAACCUCCUUGAAGAUAUUUUUAAAAUGUUCUUGUCGAUAACCAUUGUAAUGACGAAUAAGACUGUGGUAAUUAUGUCCAAAAUGCUUUUGAACUCGUGUGUUUGUAAUGUUGAAUUUGUU